CAGGCAGGGGGAGCUGGGCUGCACUGGCCCUGCUGGGGGCUCAGCCUGCGCCCUAGAGCCCCCCAGAUGCGACCCCGCCGGGGACCCCCGGUUGCGUGAGGACACCUCCUCCGAGGGGCGCCUCUCGCCCCUGUCGAGACCGCCCCGGACCCCGGCUGGCCAGAGGAUGGACGAGGAGGAGGAUGGAGCGGGCGCUGAGGAGUCAGGACAGCCCCAGAGCUGCCUGCGGCUCAACGACCUGUCCGGGGCCGGGGUCCAGCCGGGGCCGGGGUCGGCGGAGAAGGACCCAGGCAGCGCGGACUCCGAGGCGGAGGGGCUCCCGUACCCGGCGCUGGCCCCCGUGGUUUUCUUCUACUUGAGCCAGGACAGCCGCCCGCGGAGCUGGUGUCUCCGCACGGUCUGUAACCCCUGGUUUGAGCGCAUCAGCAUGUUGGUCAUCCUUCUCAACUGCGUGACGCUGGGCAUGUUCCGGCCGUGCGAGGACAUUGCCUGUGACUCCCAGCGCUGCCGGAUCCUGCAGGCCUUUGAUGACUUCAUCUUUGCCUUCUUCGCGGUGGAGAUGGUGGUGAAGAUGGUGGCCUUGGGCAUCUUUGGGAAAAAGUGUUACCUGGGAGACACCUGGAACCGGCUUGACUUUUUCAUCGUCAUCGCAGGGAUGCUGGAGUAUUCGCUGGAUCUGCAGAACGUCAGCUUCUCAGCUGUCAGGACAGUCCGCGUGCUGCGACCCCUCAGGGCCAUUAACCGGGUGCCCAGCAUGCGUAUCCUCGUCACGCUGCUGCUGGACACUCUGCCCAUGCUGGGCAAUGUCCUGCUGCUCUGCUUCUUCGUCUUCUUCAUCUUUGGCAUCGUUGGAGUCCAGCUGUGGGCAGGGCUGCUUCGCAACCGAUGCUUCCUGCCGGAGAAUUUUAGCCUCCCCCUGAGUGUGGACCUGGAGCGCUACUACCAGACAGAGAAUGAGGACGAGAGCCCCUUCAUCUGCUCCCAGCCCCGUGAGAACGGCAUGCGGUCCUGCAGGAGCGUGCCUACGCUGCGCGGGGAGGGCGGCGGCGGCCCACCCUGCGGCCUGGACUACGAGGCUUACAACAGUUCCAGCAACACCACCUGCGUCAACUGGAACCAGUACUACACCAACUGCUCCGCCGGGGAGCACAACCCCUUCAAGGGCGCCAUCAACUUCGACAAUAUUGGUUACGCCUGGAUAGCCAUCUUCCAGGUCAUCACGCUGGAGGGCUGGGUCGACAUCAUGUACUUUGUGAUGGAUGCUCACUCCUUCUACAACUUCAUCUACUUCAUCCUCCUCAUCAUCGUGGGCUCCUUCUUCAUGAUCAACCUGUGCCUGGUGGUGAUCGCCACGCAGUUCUCAGAAACCAAGCAGCGUGAAAGCCAGCUGAUGCGGGAGCAGCGUGUGCGGUUCCUGUCCAAUGCCAGCACGCUGGCCAGCUUCUCGGAGCCAGGCAGCUGCUACGAGGAGCUGCUCAAGUACCUGGUGUACAUCCUCCGCAAAGCAGCCCGCAGGCUGGCCCAGGUCUCCCGGGCAGUGGGUGUGCGGGCUGGACUGCUGAGUAGCCCAGCACCCUGCGGAGAUCAGGAGCCCCAGCCCAGCGGCAGCUGCUCUCGCUCCCACCGCCGCCCCUCUGUCCACCACCUGGUGCACCACCACCACCACCAUCACCACCACUACCACCUGGGCAAUGGGACGCUGCGGGGACCCCGAGCCAGCCCAGAGAUCCAGGACAGGGAUGCCAACGGGUCGCGCCGGCUCAUGCUGCCACCACCCUCGACACCCACCCUCUCUGGGGGCCCUCCAGGGGGUGCAGAGUCUGUGCACAGCUUCUACCAUGCUGACUGCCACUUGGAGCCCGUCCGCUGCCAGGCGCCCCCUCCCAGGUCGCCGUCUGAGGCGUCGGGCAGGACUGUGGGCAGCGGGAAGGUGUACCCUACUGUGCACCCCAGCCCUCCACCAGAGAUGCUGAAGGAGAAGGCACUCGUAGAGGUGGCCCCCACCUCUGGACCCCCCGCCCUCACCAGCCUCAACAUCCCACCAGCGCCCUACAGCUCCAUGCACAAGCUGCUGGAGACACAGAGUACAGGCACCUGCCAAAGCUCUUGCAAGAUCUCCAGCCCAUGCUUGAGAGCAGACAGUGGCGCUUCUGGCCCCGACAGCUGCCCCUACUGUGCCCGGGCAGGAGCAGGGGAGGUGGAGCUCUCUGGCCCCGAGAUGCCUGACUCAGACAGCGAGGCAGUUUACGAGUUCACACAGGACGCCCAGCACGGCGACCUCCGGGAUCCCCACAGCCGGCAUCGACGGAGCCUAGGGCUGCACAUGGAACCCAAUUCUGUGCUGGCCUUUUGGAGGCUGAUCUGUGAUACCUUCCGGAAGAUUGUGGACAGCAAGUACUUUGGCCGGGGAAUCAUGAUCGCUAUCCUGGUCAACACACUCAGCAUGGGCAUCGAAUACCACGAGCAGCCCGAGGAGCUUACCAACGCCCUGGAAAUCAGCAACAUCGUCUUCACCAGCCUCUUUGCCCUGGAGAUGCUGCUGAAGCUGCUGGUGUACGGUCCCUUCGGCUACAUCAAGAACCCCUACAACAUCUUCGAUGGUGUCAUCGUUGUCAUCAGCGUGUGGGAGAUCGUGGGCCAGCAGGGGGGCGGCCUGUCGGUGCUGCGGACCUUCCGCCUGAUGCGGGUGCUGAAGCUGGUGCGCUUCCUGCCGGCGCUGCAGCGGCAGCUCGUGGUGCUCAUGAAGACCAUGGACAACGUGGCCACCUUCUGCAUGCUGCUCAUGCUCUUCAUCUUCAUCUUCAGCAUCCUGGGCAUGCAUCUCUUCGGCUGCAAGUUUGCUUCUGAGCGGGAUGGGGACACACUCCCGGACCGGAAGAACUUUGACUCCUUGCUCUGGGCCAUUGUCACCGUCUUUCAGAUCCUGACCCAGGAGGACUGGAACAAGGUGCUCUACAAUGGCAUGGCCUCCACAUCGUCCUGGGCUGCCCUUUAUUUCAUCGCCCUCAUGACCUUUGGCAACUACGUGCUCUUUAAUCUGCUCGUCGCCAUUCUGGUGGAGGGCUUCCAGGCAGAGGGAGAUGCCACCAAGUCUGAGUCUGAUCCAGAUUUCUUCUCACCCAGCCUGGAUGGCGAUGGGGACAGGAAGAAGCGCUUGGCCUUGGUGUCCCUGGGAGAGCACCCAGAGCUGCAGAGGAGCCUGUUGCCACCUCUUAUCAUCCACACAGCUGCCACACCCAUGUCCCUGCCCAAAAGUUCCAGCACUGGCCUGGCUGAGCCUCUGGGCCCUGGUUCCCGCCGCACCAGCAGCAGCGGGUCAGCCGAGCCUGGGGCAGCCCACGAGAUGAAGUCACCGCCGAGCACCCGCAGCUCCCCGCACAGCCCCUGGAGCGCGGCAAGCAGCUGGGCCAGCAGGCGCUCCAGCCGGAACAGCUUGGGCCGUGCCCCCAGCCUGAAGCGGAGGAGCCCAAGUGGGGAGCGGCGUUCCCUGUUGUCAGGGGAGGGCCAGGAGAGCCAGGACGAGGAGGAGAGCUCAGAAGAGGAGCGGGCCAGUCCAGCGGGCAGCGACCGUCGCCACGGGGGCUCCCUGGAGAGGGAGGCCAAGAGCUCCUUUGACCUGCCGGACACUCUGCAGGUGCCCGGGCUGCACCGCACAGCCAGUGGCCGAAGCUCGGCCUCUGAGCACCAGGGCUGCAAUGGCAAGUCAGCCCCGGGGCGGCUGACCCGGACCAUGCGGCCUGAUGACCCCCCACUGGAUGGGGACGAUGGUGACGACGAGGGCAACCUGAGCAAGGGGGAACGGAUAAGAGCAUGGAUUCGAGCCCGGCUCCCAGCCUGCUGCCGUGAGCGAGACUCUUGGUCUGCCUACAUCUUCCCUCCUCAGUCAAGGUUCCGCCUCCUGUGUCACCGGAUCAUCACCCACAAGAUGUUUGACCAUGUGGUCCUCGUCAUCAUCUUCCUCAACUGUAUCACCAUCGCCAUGGAGCGCCCCAAGAUCGACCCCCACAGCGCUGAACGCAUCUUCCUGACCCUCUCCAAUUACAUCUUCACCGCAGUGUUUCUGGCGGAGAUGACAGUGAAGGUGGUGGCGCUAGGCUGGUGCUUCGGGGAGCAGGCGUACCUACGCAGCAGCUGGAAUGUGCUGGACGGGCUGCUGGUGCUCAUCUCCAUCAUCGACAUCCUGGUGUCCAUGGUGUCCGACAGUGGCACCAAGAUCCUGGGCAUGCUGAGGGUGCUGCGGCUGCUGCGGACCCUGCGCCCGCUCAGGGUAAUCAGCCGGGCACAGGGGCUGAAGCUGGUGGUGGAAACGCUGAUGUCCUCCCUGAAACCCAUCGGCAACAUCGUGGUCAUCUGUUGUGCCUUCUUCAUCAUUUUUGGCAUUCUGGGAGUGCAGCUCUUCAAAGGGAAGUUCUUCGUGUGCCAGGGCGAGGACACCAGGAAUAUCACCAACAAGUCCGACUGUGCAGAGGCCAGCUACCGGUGGGUCCGGCACAAGUACAACUUUGACAACCUUGGCCAGGCCCUGAUGUCCCUUUUCGUGCUGGCCUCCAAGGACGGCUGGGUGGACAUCAUGUACGACGGGCUGGAUGCUGUGGGUGUGGACCAACAGCCCAUCAUGAACCACAAUCCCUGGAUGCUGCUAUACUUCAUCUCGUUCCUGCUCAUUGUGGCCUUCUUUGUCCUGAACAUGUUUGUGGGCGUGGUGGUGGAGAACUUUCAUAAGUGUCGGCAGCACCAGGAGGAAGAAGAGGCCAGGCGACGGGAGGAGAAGCGUCUACGAAGACUGGAGAAAAAGAGAAGGAAUCUAAUGCUGGACGAUGUAAUUGCUUCCGGCAGCUCAGCCAGCGCGGCGCCAGAAGCCCAGUGCAAACCCUACUACUCGGACUACUCCCGCUUCCGACUCCUCGUUCACCACUUAUGUACCAGCCACUACCUGGACCUCUUCAUCACGGGUGUCAUUGGGCUGAACGUGGUCACCAUGGCCAUGGAGCACUACCAGCAGCCCCAGAUCCUGGACGAGGCUCUGAAGAUCUGCAACUACAUCUUCACGGUCAUCUUUGUCUUGGAGUCAGUUUUCAAACUCGUGGCCUUUGGCUUCCGUCGGUUUUUCCAGGACAGGUGGAACCAGCUGGACCUGGCCAUUGUGCUGCUGUCCAUCAUGGGCAUCACGCUGGAGGAGAUCGAGGUCAACGCCUCGCUGCCCAUCAACCCCACCAUCAUCCGCAUCAUGAGGGUGCUGCGCAUCGCCCGAGUGCUAAAGCUGCUGAAGAUGGCUGUGGGCAUGCGGGCGCUGCUGGACACAGUGAUGCAGGCCCUGCCCCAGGUGGGGAACCUGGGACUGCUCUUCAUGUUGUUGUUUUUCAUCUUUGCAGCUCUGGGCGUGGAGCUCUUUGGAGACCUGGAGUGUGAUGAGACACACCCGUGCGAGGGCCUGGGCCGGCAUGCCACCUUUCGGAACUUUGGCAUGGCCUUCCUGACCCUCUUCCGAGUCUCCACAGGUGACAACUGGAACGGCAUUAUGAAGGACACCCUCCGGGACUGCGACCAGGAGUCCACCUGCUACAACACAGUCAUCUCCCCCAUCUACUUCGUGUCCUUCGUGCUGACGGCCCAGUUUGUGCUGGUCAACGUGGUGAUCGCUGUGCUGAUGAAGCAUCUGGAGGAGAGCAACAAGGAGGCCAAGGAGGAGGCUGAGCUGGAGGCUGAGCUGGAGCUGGAGAUGAAGACUCUCAGCCCUCAGCCCCACUCGCCGCUCGGCAGCCCCUUCCUCUGGCCUGGGCUCGAGGGCCCUGACAGUCCCGACAGCCCCAAGCCUGGAGCCCCACACACAGAGGCCCACGCCAGAGCCUCCUCCCGAUUUCCUGAGCACCCCACGGACAGACAGCUGUUUGACACCAUAUCCCUGCUGAUCCAGGGCUCCCUGGAGGGGGAGCUGAAGCUGAUGGACGAGCUGGCAGGCCCAGGGGGCCAGCCCUCUGCCUUCCCUUCUGCCUGCAGCCUGGGUGGCUCCGACCCACAGAUCCCUCUAGCUGAGAUGGAGGCUCUGUCUCUGACGUCAGAGAUUGUGUCUGAACCGUCCUGCUCUCUAGCUCUGACGGAUGACUCUUUGCCUGAUGACACUCACACACUCUUACUUAGUGCCCCGGAGAGCAAUAUGGAAGCCCACUCAGAUGAGGUGCCCAUCAAGCUGGCACCAGACCUGCUGACUGUGAGGAAGUCUGGGGUCAGCCGAACACACUCUCUGCCCAAUGACAGCUACAUGUGCCGGGAUGGGGGCACCGCUGACGGGUCCCUGGGGCCCAGGGGCUGGGGACUCCCCAAAGCUCAGUCAGGCUCCGUCCUGUCUGUGCACUCCCAGCCAGCAGAAACCAGCUACUUCCUGCAACUUCCCAAAGAUGCACCCCAUCUGCUCCAGCCCCACAGCACUCCUACCUGGGGCACCAUCCCCAAACUGCCUCCACCUGGCCGCUCCCCUUUGGCCCAGAGGCCACUCAGGCGCCAGGCAGCAAUAAGGACUGAUUCUUUGGAUGUUCAGGGCUUGGGCAGCCGGGAAGACCUGCUGUCAGAGGUGAGUGGGCCCUCCUCACCUCGGGCCCGGGCCUCCUCCUUCUGGGGCCACCCGGGCACCCAGAUGCAACAGCACUCCCGAGGAGAGAGCAAGACCUCGAAGCACAUGCCCCCGCCGGCCCCCUGCCUGGGCCUAGCACCCACCUGGGGCAAAGGCCUAGCAGAGACCAGAAGCAGUUUAGAGCUGGACACAGAGUUGAGCUGGAUUUCAGGAGACCUCCUGCCUACGGGCAGCCAGGACGAACCCCCAUCCCCAAGGGAUCUGAAGAAGUGCUACAGCGUGGAGGCCCAGAGCGGCCGGCGCAGGCCUGCAUCCUGGCUGGACGAACAAAGGAGGCACUCCAUCGCGGUCAGCUGCCUGGACAGCGGCUCCCAGCCCCUGGGCCCUGGCUCCUCUAGCCUCGGGGGCAAGCCUCUUGGGGGGCCUGGGAGUCGGCCUAAGAAAAAACUCAGCCCACCCAGCAUCUCCAUGGACCCCCCAGAGAGCCAGGGCCCUCGGCCCCCUCCUAGCCCAGGUGUCUGCCUUCGGCGGAGGGCUCCGUCCAGCGACUCCAAGGAUCCCUCCUCCUCCGGCCCCCCUGACAGCAUGGCUGCCUCACCCCCCCCAAAGAAAGACAUGCCGAGUCUCUCCGGUUUAUCCUCCCACUCAACAGACCUGGACCCUUGAGUCCUGCCCUGCUCUCCACUCACCUUUCUCCACUGGGUGCCAAAUCCUAGCCCCUCCUCCUGGGCUUUAUUCCUGAAAAGACGGUCCAUCUGGACACCAAGGAGGCACUCCUCCCUGCUCAGUGGCACUGGGCACGGGCAAGCAGAAUUUCCAGAGAGUUCCAAGCAGCAGCCCUGGCCACUGUGGCUCCAGGCAGAGAGAGAGAGGCCCAGUGUAGCUGAGGUUCCCGACACCAGGAGCUGUUGGGAGAAAGCAAUACGUUUGUGCAGAAUCUCUAUGUAUAUUCUAUUUUAUUAAAUUAAUUGAAUCUAGUAUAUGCGGGAUGUACGGCAUUUUGUGACUGAAGAGACUUGUUUCCUUCUACUUCUAUGUGUCUCAGAAUAUUUUUGAGGCGAAGGCGUCUGUCUCUUGGCUAUUUUAACCUAAAAUACCCAGUCUAGUUAUAUUCCCUCUUCUUGCAAAGCACAAGCUGGGACCGCAAGUGCAUUUCAGCCUGACGGUGGCCCAUCUUCAGCGGAGAGCGAGAACCAUUCUGGAAACUGUAAUGUAACUUAUUUUCUCCUUUCACCUCGUCAUCGUUUUCUGUAGGAAAAAAAAAAAGAGAAAAAGAAAAAAAAUAAGAUUUUACAAAUGAAAUGGAACCUUUUUAUAUCUACAUACAUACAUAUCUAUAUCUAUAUCUAUAUAUAAUAAAGUAAUUUUCCAAAAUAAAAAAUUAAUCACGGUCCAGAGUAAAAGCAAAAGGGACAGAGUUAGGCAUUUCCAGAUGGCGCUGGAGAGAGAUUCCUGGAGAUGGGGAGUGGGUGGUAGGAUGUGGGAGAGAAGGGGUCAGAGCUGCCUCUGUGUGAGAGUGUGUGUGUGUGUGUGUGUGUGUGUGUGUGUGUCUGAGCGUGAGAACCCAAGACACCUAUCCCUGAAGGAGGCCACCUCAGGGUCUCACCUCCCAGGGCCAAGGCAGAGAGAAGCCCCUCUGCUUGGAGGAGGACGGGCAAGCAGAGUGGACUCCUUCUAUCAAAGCUUUAUCGCUUCCUGUGAGCCAGGCAACUCUGUGAAUGCGAGUAAUUCCAGAUUAACUCUUAUUUCUGCUGACAGCUACCAGCCGCACAUUGAAAGCUGGAAAUUGGCAUAAUGAAGCUGUUUUGGUUAAUGGGGCCGACUGAGGCUGGGGGAGGUGGCCUCAGCUGCUGUCUCUCUGCUGGGCUCAGGAUCUGUGGCUGGUGGGGGAGGGGGCAAGUAAGUGCUCUCUGGGUGUUCCCUUCCAGGCCGCAGCCUCCGGCCUGGGGGACAAGGGGUGGGGCAGCACUGUGGGGCACCGCCCCAUCAGGACUGGCAGUGGGAUUAGGUUGUGUAAACAGAGUGUGUGCUCCCACCCUAGGGCCCAGGGGCCACCUCCAGUCGAGUUGCCAUUGGCAGGGUCCAGCAGUCUGGCUGCAGAGGGGAGCUGGCCCCCUAGGGGGUGAUGAAUGAGCACCAUCAAGGUGUUUACAUGGUCUGCUGCUGGCUGCCCAGUGGGAGCCAGUGGAGGAGGGAGAGGGUGAAGGCAGUCAUGGGUCAGGAGAGGAGGAGGGGCAAGCAACCUGGCACACAACCUCCAUCCUGGUGCUACCACGGGCAAUAUUCUCUUGUCUGAAACCCUGGUGCCGAGAGGUCAGCACAGGCUCCCACCGCAGGCUUAGCUGGCUUGGCCCCUGCCAGCCACCCCAAACAUCUGCUCCAACCACACUCCCUUGAGCACCUCUUACCCUUCCUCCCAGCACCUCCAAAGCCCAGGGUUCUUGAAACCUCACUCACAGCCCCCAUCUUGAGUCUGGGAGCUGGGGUGCCAGCCCGCUGGGCAGAUGGACCUGGAUGCUUCAUCCAAUCCUGUGUUUUCUAAGCUGGUGAAGGCUUUUCUAAUUGCUCUUUUGGACAGAAAUGACACCACUCCUUGAAGCAAAUGCCUGGUCUCGCCCUCUCAGGGUGCAGCAGUGUCCAACUCUUUUUCCUCUAGCCUCGGAUGUGGAGUGGGGGUGCUUAUAGGAGUUUUGUUUUUUUUUUAAAGCAAAGCUAUAUGAAAUUCCUAGAGUUUUGUCACCUAGAUCUGCAGAUUAAGCUUUUAUAUUUUUGUAGAAUUCUGUAGUUGUCUAUUCCCGAGUAAGGAUGGGGGAUUUGGGGAGGGGGCUCUUAGCGUCUUUUUCCUUCUAGUGGUUGAAGAAUUCUGGGUCAAGGUGAAGCCAGAGAGCUGGGCUGCCAUCCAUCCCCUCCAUCCCAGGCUUCCCCUGUCUCCUACCCUCCAGCCCCCAGGACCCUUCUUACCCACCCUUGCCUCUGUGGACAGCUCAGCAGCGCUGCAGCAAUAUGGAGUUACUAGCAGGCUUGGUUCUUCCUGGGGGUGCCUGACCCUGAUCCCCUCUUCUUGGUAGGAGCAAGGCAGCUUGUUUGGGAUGCACUAGCUAUGCUUUGGGGGGUGCUCUAUAGAGGUCUUCAGUGAUCAGCCUGGGGAAAAAGGAAAGCCCCUCUUUCUUUCCCAUCCCCCAUCAGUGGACUGGAGGGGAGCACCAGGGUAGUAAUGUGGAAACUUUAAUAGCAGAGACAAAGUGGAUAUUUUGGAGGAGAGAAUUGUGACCUCUCCCUCAACAAUCCCCCCCUCAACAAAUGUAAACUCUUUAUCUAUGAUGGAAACUGUUGUGUCUCAUUAAAAGGGUUUUGAAGUGGAAAUAAUGACUCUGCUGAAUCUUAUUAACAGUAGUAAUAAUAACGAUGCU